GACUGUAAGCUUUAUCUAAUUCUCUUUGUGGAAGGCAAUAUUAAUUGGUUGCCGCAUUGCGAUUUUUCAUUUAACCGCGAACGGUUUAAGAACAUCACGAUGAAGGCAGCAACGAUUUUUCUAUUAUAUUUGGCCUGUAUUUAUGGAGCAAGUAUUCCGCCAAAGCCCUGCCCCUUAGAAAAAAAUUGCGGUAAAGUGGAUGAGUCAAGUGCUGUUUGCGGAUUAGAUGAGGAGGUGGGUUGUAUUCGAAAAUAUCCCUCCAAGUGCCAUAUGGAUAUAGCAGCCUGUCAUGAAGGAAAAAAUUUCACCGACUAUAGCGAGGUAUAUUGCUCAAUGGAACCCUAUUUCUGCGAAAAGUCAUACGAACGCUGGACCAUUCUCUUUGGUCAUGAGGAUGAAUGAAAGAACUUAUAAUAUAUGGGCGACAAGUGCU